CGUCUAUUGAUGAAAAAAAAGGUCACGAACUCUGACCCGAGCAAAUAAACUACAGAAAACAAUUUUAAACGCCGUUUACGGUACCGCUUUUUCUCCUGCAUCAGUUUCUAGAGAAAGGUAAGCUGUAACCGUGUCUCAAUGUGUGAGCCGGAGAGCCUGACGGGAGAGCGGCGGGACACAGGAAGGAGCAGUCAGCGGGUCUGCAGCAGAGCCAGCGGCUAGGCGGCUAGGCGGCGGCUAACUCACCCCGCCGGCUCAAAAAACCCCUGCAAGGUGCACCCCUCGGAGCUGAUACCCCCACACCCCACAUGCACGGUCUGUAACCCUGAUGUGGCACUGAUGUGAACGGCAAGAUUUGUGUACCGUGUCAGAAUGGAUGGACAGACUCAGAGGAUUCAGCUGGUGUCGACAGAGAACAGCAUGGCUUUAGGACACAGAAUCCAGAUUGUAACAGAUCAGCAGACUGGGCAGAAGAUCCAGAUCGUCACAGCGCUCGAGCCGUCCUCGCCGGGAAAGCAGCAGUUUAUUUUAGCAAAUGCAGAGUAUUCCUCUGGUGGGAAGGUGAUUCUGGCCAAGCAGGAAGGCUCCCCAAACAAGGUCAUCCUCACCACCCCAGAUGGCUCUGGGGUGAACCAGCUGUUGUUUGCUGCCCCUGAACUGGCUGGACAGCAGAUUCAGUUUGUGACUGAAAGCUCAGACCAGUCUGUAAUCAAGCCUGUUGUGGAGUACUGCGUUGUCUGUGGAGAUAAGGCAUCAGGACGUCAUUAUGGAGCUGUCAGCUGUGAGGGCUGCAAGGGUUUCUUUAAACGCAGCAUAAGGAAGAACCUGGUGUACACCUGCAGAGGAUCCGGGGAAUGUGCCAUUAACAAACUACACCGAAACCGCUGCCAGUACUGUCGACUGCAGCGCUGUAUAUCUCUGGGCAUGAAACAGGAUUCUGUGCAGUGUGAAAGAAAGCCUGUUGAAGUCACCACCAGAGAAAAAUCUGUGAACUGUGCAGCAUCCACAGAAAAGAUCUACAUCCGGAAGAACCUCUGCAGCCCCCUGGCUGCCACGCCCACGUUUGUGUCUGACAAGGAAACUGUGAGGUCUACAAGUUUGCUUGAGUCGAGCAUGUUGCUCAACAUCCAACAACCCUUCUCCAAGAUGGAAAACACCAUUUUGGUUCCAGCCUCCCCUGACAAGGAAGACCCGUCCCAAGGUGACCUCGGUACGUUGGCAAACGUGGUUUCAUCUCUCGCCCACCUCAACAAGGCGAGAGAGCUGAGCGAUGGUGGGAACGAUCAGAUGGGAUCGGAAACGUUCAGCAACGGUGACAGCGCGAUGACGGAGAUCCAAGCCGACGAUCAGACUGCAAAUGACAUCACGAGAGCUUUUGACACGCUGGCCAAAGUCCUACACCCUGGUGACGGCUCAGCUGCAGAGUCCCUGGAGGCCACGAUGCAGCUGAUGUCGGGGGAUCAGUCGGGUCCCGUGGUGGAGCUGGAGGGACCCCUGCUCUCUGACAGCCAUAUUCCUUUCAAGCUUAUGAUGCCUUUACCUGUGCCAGAGUACCUCAAUGUCAACUACAUCUGCGAGUCAGCGUCCCGGCUACUUUUUCUGUCUAUGCACUGGGCACGCUCCAUACCUUCCUUUCAAACCCUCGGCGCUCAAGAUGAUGACAUUAACUUGAUGAAAGCCUGCUGGAAUGAACUUUUCGCUCUGGGCCUGGCACAGUGCUCCAACGUUAUGAAUGUUGGGACCAUCCUAAGUGCCAUUAUCAGCCAUCUGCAGACCAGUUUACAGGAAGAAAAGCUGACCCCAGAGAGAGUAAAAGUGGUGAUGGAGCACAUAUGGAGGAUGCAGGAGUUCUGUAACAGCAUGUCCAAGCUGUCCCCGGACUCUUACGAAUAUGCCUACCUCAAAGCCAUUGUUCUUUUUAGUCCUGAUCACCCAGGCAUAGAUAAUACCCCGCAAAUAGAGAGAUUCCAGGAAAAGGCCUACAUGGAACUGCAGGACUAUGUAACCAGAACCUACCCUGAAGACUCGUACCGAUUAUCCAAGCUGUUGCUUCGUCUUCCCGCCCUCAGGCUGAUAAGUGCAGCUGUGACAGAGGAGCUGUUUUUCGCCGGACUCAUUGGCAACGUGCAGAUUGACAGCAUCAUCCCUUACAUUCUCAAAAUGGAGUCCACCGACUACAACAGCCAAACGCUCUCCGCCGUCUGACAAACUGUGCCAAUUGUGGUUGCGACAUUAGAUUGUGAAAAUGUGACGGAUGACUGUUGAGAGAGCCCGUCGGACCGGUUAUAGCGUACUGUAUUUAUGACUCAUCCUCUGUGAAUUCUGCUUUCUGCUGAACCUGCUUCUACUCCUAACUCCUCGGUAACCAGUCGGCAGAGCAGAGCUCACAAAGAGGACACACGAGAUCAACUCCGGUGGCAAGAAAGACUUCAAGCAUCUGCUUGUUCGGCUACAACUUUGAAACCUGCAUAGUGAAAUAUGCUUUUUAUUGUAUAGUGUUUUAUUCUACAUAGCCUCCAUGCCUUUCUUUUUUUCUGCAGAUCUUUGUACUUUGAAUGCAUCAGCAUGUUUUUUUUCACUGCUUUUCCUACAUGACCAUGCUUUUUUUUUUAAUUUGACAGUAAUUAUGAGGAUAAACACGUCAUCAUAAUGUGAAAGAAGUUGCGAGACAUUAUCACAAAAAGGUUAAAACCUUUACCGUUUGUUUGUCAGUCCAAAGGAUCGGCAGAGGCACUCGUCAGAUAUUUGGCAUCAGUAUGGAUCCGAAGUAAAUUUGUAUAUAGAUUUGUACAUAUACACCAAGAAGGCUAUAAAUGGCAGCACUUGGUAAUUUGUGAAUUUCGCAAUUUUGAAAAAUGGAUGUGGAUAGAAAACUAUGGUCAUGAAAUCGGAAAAUAAAAACCUCUUUCAGUCAUGUUUCACUGUUGUUUUCACAUUCAGACUUCCCUUUUGGCCGAGAAUAGUGGAAAGAAUUGCCCGUUCUUCCCUGUGAAUCUUAAAAAAUAUAUUUAAAACAAGGUUUGCUAUGAUGGAUGUUCCUGUUAGUUGCACAGCAGCUUUUGCUUAAAAAAAGAAAGUGCAGCACACUGGGGGCUUCACUUGUACUCAGUCAAAUCUGGAAGAGUCAUCUGCUGUGUGAUAUAAUAAGCUGUCCAAGUGGAAGAAAAGGUCGUGCUUGGUUGCAAAAGGAGUUUGAAUGCAGGAUGUGCCAACUGGCAAAAGCAAGACAAUACUUUACAUGAAGUCUCUGGCCAGCAUUCAGAUGUUUAAAUAUGACAUAUUUAUCUGCAAUACAUCAACUCCGUUAACUUCUCACCUGAAUUAUUUAGUCUGACUAACGAAGAAGUUUUGAACAUCCUGUACUACCUCAUCACAUUAAACAAUCCCGUUUCCCGUGUUCCCAGUUGACUGCCUUGUUUUGACAGCUGCACGGAGAACUGCCUCAGGAACUUUGGGUUUAUAUCCGUACACGUUUACAGGUUUGAGCUUUUAAUCGUUGGCCUUGCUUCUGUAACCGGCAGAUUGUUUACAUGUUCCUUCUGAAUUAAUAAUGCUAAAACCACAUCCAACCCGUGAAACUCAUUGUGUUUCGUGUCAGCUGACUAAAAGGUGGAAAUUGUUGCACGGC